AUGUCUGAAGAGUCUAAAAACCACACAGCUUCCGUACCCCAGCAAUACAAUAAUGCCUGGCCCUACAAUGCCCUCGUCACACGCUACAUCGACCUCUACACAGAGUACCUCACGAUACGCCGGCACAUUGACCGCGCCAGCCUCGCCUAUCCUUUCGAGCGCGAACGCACAAUCCACAACCUAGUCAACACGCGUGCUCGGCUCGAGCACGAGAACCAGCUUCUGCGCCGCCAAAACCAAGAUCUCAAGACGACCAACGAAACAAACCGGAGCAUCAACAAAAGCCUCCGGUGCCGGUACAAAGACACGCAAGAGACGCUGUGUGCGAUCCUGGAGGCGCAGACAGAAGGGGUAGAAGGUGAGGCGCAGAGAUACCAAGAAGAAGUGGUUAGACUCCGCGAAGAAAAUAGGGACCUUCGGAAGCGGGUUAAGCGGUGGACUAGGUGGGGCGAUGUAAAUGCACAGGAUCUGACUCGCAUGUGGGAUGAGGAAAAGAAAGCGAAGAAGAGACUUGACAAGAUGCAAGAGGAGGUGGAGAGAUUGAGAUGUCACAAUGGUGGACGUGUCGUUGGCGAUUAUAGGCGGGCAGAAGGAACUGGGGAUGGCGAAGUACAGUCUGCUGGGGAAGAAGGGGCGGAUGCCGUGGAGACAUGUUCAGUGCAUCAAGAAGAGAGCCAUAGGAUUGUGAAUGGAUGA